AUGAUCACAUAUAUAUCUCGGUGUGUCACGUUUGGACAGAUCGCUGAAAUUGUUGACGAAGGCGCGACAAGAUGUGCGACAAGUGGGUUGUUGUAUGGAGCGAUAUUUCUAUUCGGAGCACCGUUUGUGUACUCAUGCAUGUUCCGGACCAAGCUGCGAAACAAAUUCGGGUUACCGGAUGCUCCGGCUCCCGAUUGGAUCACUCAUUUAUUAUGUGGCCAUUGUGCACUUUGUCAAGAGUAUCGUGAACUCAAACACCGUGGUUUUGACCCCAAUAUUGGGUGGAAGCAAGCACAGCAGCAAGAGAUGAUGGCUCCUCCAACAGGUCAACGGAUGAUAGGUUGA